AUUUUUUAUCUAUAAGUACUUUAUCCAAAUAUAAAACAACCAAUUAUUGAAUUGAUGAGUUACCUACUAGUUUGUUGCUAUAAUGAUUUGCUAUAAGAAUUUAUUGGCUUAUUUUUUGGUUCUAGGAGUUGUUUUCUGUGAAAUUAAGGGAUCUUCCCUGCGUAAUUACGAAAUAGCCAGAGGUCAAGAUGCAUUAGAAGGUCAAUUUCCUUACCAAGUAUCCAUUCAAGAACGUAGAGACGAAGAUUACAAAAGCUUCUGCGGUGGCUCAAUUAUUUCUCCAAAUUGGAUUGUAACCGCUGGCCACUGUUAUUUAGAAAAUACUAAUCCUGAUGUUAGAAUCGUGGCUGGAAUCAUAAAGAUCAGUGAAACUAGUGAAAGUAUGCAAGUUCGAACUAUCGCUAAAUAUUAUAUUCAUGAAGAUUAUCAUGGAGGUCCAGCACCCAAUGACAUCAUGGUAAUGAAAGUGAAUGAACCUUUCAUUUUUAACGAUAGAGUUAAACCAAUAAACCUUCCAAAGCAAAAUUUUGAAACCAUUGGAGAAGCAGUAAUAUCUGGAUGGGGAAAUACGGAUAAAGAACUAGAACCAGAUAAUCUACAAUGGGAGUUAACACAAAUAUCCGACGGCCAAACUUGUAUAGGCCAAUUUGGUAAUAUAUUUAACGAAACUACAAAUGUAUGUAGCGAAAAUCUUAAGCAAGGCCAAGGCCCGUGUUCUGGUGAUUCUGGUGGUCCUUUAGCUCAACAUGGCACAUUAAUUGGUGUAGUCUCUUGGGGUUCCAAGGAUUGUGGUACAGAUAUUCCAUCGGUGUAUUCUAAAGUUAGCAACUAUAUAGAUUGGAUUAAAGAGCAUGUCAGCGAGUUGUAGAAUUAUUUAUAAUUAUGAAAUACAUUAUAUAAAUAAAAUAAAUAACCUAAUGUCUAAAA